AUCAAUGCCGAGUGACAGAGAAAGAGAGAGAGAGUGGGUGGGAGGAAAGCGUGGGGAGAAGAAAAGCUAAAAAGAAAAGGAAGAAAAUAUCAUUUAGCACAGAUUCAGACUUCUUUUGCGGCUGUCGGUGUCGCCUUUCUUCUGUUGGGAUUCGCAGUCCAUCAAUUGGUGACAAAAAUGGCAGUUAACAUAUCCUCCGGUGCACUAAAUGAGACCAUUGUGGAUAACCAAACUGCCACCACUAUGGGCGCCCUCAUCCUGACCCUUGUCUUUCUAUUGGGCUUCCCUGGAAACCUCUUCAUCAUCUGGAGCAUCCUGGCACGUGCCCGAAAGCAGUCCGUCACCACCCUUCUCAUCCUCAACCUAGCUAUCGCUGAUGGCUCUCUGAUGGCGCUCACCCCAUUCUUCAUUGUCUACUUGGUUAUGAAGAGGUGGGUGUUUGGGAAUGUGAUGUGUAAGGUCCUCUUCUACCUCUGCCUGGUCAACAUGUACGCCUCCAUCCAGCUCAUCAUGCUCAUGAGCAUCUACAGGCUGGUGGCAGUGCUUUGGCCUCAGCGCCUCAGUCUUAUCACUGGCCGGAAGACUGUACUGCGGGUGCUGGCAGUGGUGUGGGUGCUGGUGAUGGUGGCUUCUGUUCCUGCAAUGAUCUUCAGAAGAGUGGAGCCGAAGAAGAUCACUGGCGUGCUAGUGUGCGAAUCAUUCCAUGAUGGCGACAACGAAACGGUUCUCCAGUACAUGCUAGAGCUCGUGUUGGGUUUUUUAAUCCCCUACGGGGUCAUUGUAGUCAGCUACAUACGCAUCUUACGGCGGAUCCAAAAGACCAAGUUUGGCCGUCGAAUUCGUAGUGAGAAGCUCAUCCUGGCCAUCGUGUUGACCUUCUGCAUCUUUUGGUUGCCCUACCACUUAAUCAACGUGGUGCAAAUUACAUCGGCUUUGUGUCCAGAAGGUCCAAUAAGAAAUAAGUUGGAUAAGAUAUGGCACAGCAGCCGCGCUGUCACCUCUUCCAUAGCCUUCAUCAGCAGCUGUGCCAACCCAGUGCUCUACUUCUUUGCAGGAAAGUCUUACAUCCGACGAGAGGGACUGGCGUUCAUGGCCCGCCUGUUUGAGGGCACAGGGCUGGACUCAGCUAACAGGAAGAGCCGACAGAACAGCCAGAACAGCCGCGACAAAGACAAAGAGGCAGAUGCAGUCAUGCUUAAGGAGAAAGAUCCAGACUCUGUUACCAAUUCGAGCACGCAUGUCAAACCAGUUAAGAAUGGUAAGUAGAGGACACAAGACGCAGAAGGCUUGAAGCUGGUGUUUAUCCUCUGUAGGGGAACAUUAAACCACUCACGCCUACAAAUCUCCAUCCAGUAACAAAUACUGCUAAUAUAUGGAACACACAUUCAUCAUGCACAGCUGGUUCCUGCCAAUCAAGAAAAGAUUCAGAAGCACUUCGGAUUCAGUUGCUGGAUAAUGUGAAUCUUUCUUCCAAAUUAUACUGUUACAAACCAGGGAUGUAACUGGGAUGACUGAUCCUGGAACAGCUUGCCGCCUGAUGGAUUUCAAAGCGAUAUUGUUGUGCUUAAACCUCACAACACAUCAGAACUGUUUAUUUGAUGAUACAUGAGCCUCACUCAGCUCUGAACUAUUUUAUAUAAAAAACUCACCACCCCAAAACCCCUGUUUAAUUCAAUAGACACACGUUAAAUAGAGGUGGUGCAUUAUUCCUGUACAUGUUUACUGUUACUGUAAUUUAUAUAUUUUUUGCAAGAUUUAUCUGUGCCAUUAUGUUUCUACAAUGUUUUAUUGGUCAAAAUGCUUCGUGGAAUCACAGAAAUAUCAAAAUGAACUGAAACUGUGGUGUUCUUUAGGAGAACUUGCCAUUUUGUUACAUAAAAACAAUAGCAAUACAACAAUAGUUUUUUUCAGCAAAAAAAAAAAAAAGAAAAGCUGGCCUGUCCCUCAGUAUGAAUGUUUUACUUUUACCAAAAAAAAGUUUGUAUAAAAACGUAUUGACUUAAA